CAAAUAUAUAUAUAUAUGUACAUUAUUUAACAUUAUCUAUUGUGAAUUAACCUUCUAGUGCUUUUCUAUACUUGUUUAUCAAGGAAAUUUAAAUUGACUUGUGUUGCAAAUUCCCUAAUCUAAAACUAUAAACCUAUUCUAUAAAUUAUUUCAAGAAAUUUUCCUAGAUCUAGCAACAUGCAGAUCUUCGUUAAAACCUUAACAGGGAAAACUAUUACUCUUGAAGUUGAAGCUUCUGACACAAUAGAGAAUGUUAAAGCAAAGAUCCAAGACAAAGAGGGUAUUCCUCCAGACCAGCAGCGUUUGAUCUUUGCUGGCAAACAACUAGAAGAUGGAAGAACUCUUUCGGAUUAUAACAUCCAAAAGGAGUCUACGCUACAUUUGGUUUUAAGACUUCGAGGGGGAAAUCACAUUUAAUCUAUAGAGGACCAUAUGCAGAUCUUUGUUAAAACAUUAACAGGAAAAACUAUUACUCUUGAAGUAGAAGCUUCUGAUACAAUAGAGAAUGUGAAAGCUAAGAUCCAAGACAAAGAGGGUAUUCCUCCAGACCAGCAGCGUUUGAUCUUUGCUGGCAAACAACUAGAAGAUGGAAGAACUCUUUCAGAUUAUAACAUCCAGAAAGAGUCUACACUCCAUUUAGUGUUGAGACUUCGCGGAGGAAUGCAGAUCUUUGUUAAAACACUUACUGGUAAAACCAUUACAUUGGAAGUUGAAGCAUCUGACACAAUAGAGAAUGUUAAGGCUAAAAUUCAGGACAAAGAGGGUAUUCCUCCAGACCAGCAGCGUUUGAUCUUUGCUGGCAAACAACUAGAAGAUGGAAGAACUCUUUCAGAUUAUAACAUCCAGAAAGAGUCCACACUCCAUUUAGUGUUGAGACUUCGCGGAGGAAUGCAGAUCUUUGUUAAGACACUUACAGGUAAAACCAUUACCUUGGAAGUUGAAGCAUCUGACACAAUAGAGAAUGUUAAGGCUAAAAUUCAGGACAAAGAGGGUAUUCCUCCAGACCAGCAGCGUUUGAUCUUUGCUGGCAAACAACUAGAAGAUGGAAGAACUCUUUCAGAUUAUAACAUCCAGAAAGAGUCCACACUCCAUUUAGUGUUGAGACUUCGUGGAGGAAGUUCCAAGCUAUUUUAAGAGUACAAUCUAUCGGAAAUGUUUAGUAAAAUUGGUAGUAUUGAUAGAGUUAUUUUAUUUUACUUUUUUAUGCUUAUUUCAUAUUUAGCAUUGCUUCUAUAAACUUAUCAAUGUGUAAUAUCAAAAAGGACAAAUUGUAACAAUGCAAUUGCAUAUGUACAUUUACACAUUCUUGUAAUGCAAUUUUGUUCAUUAAAUAUUUACUAAUAUA